CGUGAGACGGCGGCGAGGGUGGAGCGUGUGUCGUCCGUGGCGUCGCCCGGUGGUCGGCGACUGUAUUCGUGCGUGUGAGUGGCUCCCUGACGGUGACGCCCACUCGGCAGGACGGUGAGCGGCGUAAUCCCGCCCGUUCCGACCCGUUCGCGGCCUCGGCUCUCCGCGCUCGGCGCACAUCGACCAUCAGCCGAGCGGUUCCAGCAAAAACCGUCCGGCUGGCCGGCCGCCCGGCCGCCGCGCGCUCUCUCGGCCGCUCUCUCUCCCACACACAUACAGUUGGCGCGCGGGCCGCGGCCCGCUUCGCCCGUGAUCAAUAUGGUCGGCGCUGGAGGGUCGCCCGCCGCCGCCGACCAGUGAGUCGCUCGGCCGGCCCCCGCAGAGUGCAGGCUAGCGUCGGCCGAUAGCCGGCGCCGGUAUCUGUCGCUCGCUGUCCUUCGCCGGCGCAGCGCAGACCGCAGGCGGACGAACCCGUGCACAGACGCAGUGGACUGCUCGCUGGGGCAGCUCAGAGACGUGUGAUCGCGGACACGCAGUUCGGAGGACGUGUGAGGGACGUGCGUGACGCGUUGGUGAUCUGCAGCGGUACCCUUGACGUCCAGAGGAGCGGCCGUCUCCGGCAGACGCCAGGAGAAGAGAUUAGCCAAUCAUGGAGAAAGAUUCCAAGGGCGGUUCUGACAAGAAGCGCUCGUCCAAGGACCAUGGGUCGAAUCCGACCCCGCUGGACCCGAGCCUGUUCGCGCACUCGCUGUUUGGAGGCGCGGCGGCCGGCUUCAACCCGAUGAUGAUGCCCGGCUUCCCGAUGAUGCCGCCCGUCUCGUCUUCGGCGGCCACAUCGGCGGCGACGUCGGCGGCGGCGGCGCACGCUGCGCUGGCGUCCAUGGCCAGCAACCCGGCACUCGGCGCCAACGCGGCCUGGCUGAGUCUGAUGCACCAGAUGGCCGCCCAGGACUACCUGAGCCGGCUGCAGUCGGGCGCCGCCGCCGCCGGCCUGCACUCUCUGGCCGGCCUGCCUCAGUACGAGGCGCUCACAGGAAUGAAGGCGCCGAGCACCAGCAGCGGCGGAUCGGGGUCCGGAUCCUCCUCCUCCAAAUCCGGCUCUGUAGGUGCCGGCGGGCCGUGUUUCAGCCGUACCGGCGGCCCUCUGCUGCCCGACGGUACCGAGAUAAUCAAGCACACCUCGUCCAUCAGCGGCCCCAAGGUGCCCGGCACCACCAACCGCGGACGAAAGAAGACCAUCUCGUUGGACCCGCCGUACGCCGCCGCCGCCGCCGCCGCAGCAGCAGCCGGGGGCUCGCUGACGCACGGAGUCUCCAGCAUCCUGGGCAGAUCGCCGGCCACGGAGACGCGGCUGACGGACAGCGUCACCAUCACCCCCACGUCGUCCAAGUCGACCAGCGACCGGCUCCGACAGCUGGAGAUGCUCGGAACCAAGGUGGAGAUUAAGCCAGUUGCUAAGGACUCUGGCGCGGUGGGUCAGCUGCCGUCCACCUCGGGCAGUGCCCAGGUGACCAUCACCCCGGUGGCCGCCAAGGGCACCACCAUGCUCACCAGCUCCGUGUCGCUAACGCCCGUGGAGCGCGCUGGAGGUUCGCGCUCACCACCAACCGCCGCCGACGGGCCGCUCAACCUCUCCAAAAAGCCGCCGCCGCCAGCCGCCUCCAAAAAGCGGAGCAGCCUGCCGGACGUGUCUGCGUUCCCGGGCGGCGCGGCCGCUGCCGCAGCGCUCGGUGUGCCGCUCACUCCCGAGAUGCAGAUGGAGCAGCUGCGCUUCCACACCGCCAUGGCCUCGGCUCAGAAGGCGAUGGCGGCGUUCGGAGCCGGCGGCAGCGGCAGCGGGAGCAGCGGCAGCGGACAGCGGCGCUCGCGCGCCAAGAAGCUGGGUGUGGGCGUGUCGCGACCGAAGAAGAACACGGUGGCCUCCCUGCUGGCCAACAGCCGCGGCACGGACGACGGCAGCCAGCCGGGCGGCAGCGGCGCCAUGCACAUGUCCACCGACGAGCUGACAAUCGAGGUGCGGCCGCGCUCCUCCACGGCGCCGGCCGCCGCCGCCGGAGCCGGCGAGGACGACGACGCACUGUCAGUGAAGUCUGCCGGCUCUUCUGACCAGCGCAAACACAAGGUCACCUCGAGCACGGACGAGCAGCUGAGCAGUUUCCCCUAUUCCAGCUACCUGGCGCGUCUGAAGCGCGAGUACGAGGACAGCAGCGGCAUGGACAGCGAGGAGCUGUCGGACCGCGAGUCCGAGUGCGAGGUCUCCUCCAGCCGCGGCGCGGCCGGCUCCGACGCCGCAGGUCUGACGCCGUCCAAACGCCGCCGGGUGGUGACUGACGAGCGCAAGCUGCGCGUGCCGCUGGACCGCGGCUGGCGGCGGGAGACCACCAUCCGCAAAAUCACCCAGGCGGGACCGCGCGGCGACGUCGUCUAUUACGCGCCCUGCGGAAAGGCCUUCAGGCAGUUCCCCGACAUACUGCGGUACCUGGAGCGGAACAACAUCACGGACGUGACGAGGGACCACUUCACCUUCAGCAGCAAGGUCGUCAUCGGCGACUACCUCAAGAUCUCCGAGGACGGCGAGGAGUGCAUCCCCAUGUCGGAGGCCGAGGUCAAACGCCAGGUGGACGUGCUCAGCGGCGGCAAGAGCAAGCGACAGUUCAAGAAACCGUACGUCAUCAACAUCAAAAGUGAGGAGGGCGGCGGCGGCGCGUCUGGCUCCGGCUCGGGCGCUGGACCGUCCGCCUCCAGCUACCACCAGGCCAUGGAGCUGAUGAGACAACUGGAGGAGGAUAGACGCGCCAGACAACUCAAAGAAGAGCAGAAGAAGAAGGAACGGGAGCUCAAAAACCUUCAGAUGCUCGAGGAGCGGCGCCGUAAACAGGAGGAGCUGGAGAAGCAGAAGGCGGCCGAGAACCUGCGCAAGGCACAGGAGCUGAACAAACAGAGAGAGAUGCUAUAUAGGCUAGAAGUGGAGCGCGAGCGGCGGCGCCACCACAUGCUGCUGGUGAAGGCGCUGGACGCCCGCCGGCGCCAGGAGGAGCGCGACCGGCGCCGUGAGGACAUGAAGGUGGAGCGCGCCGCGCUCAAGGAGCGCCGCCGAGAGAAGCGGCUGCAGGACGCCGAGGUCAUUCGGCAGCUGAAGAAACCGCGCGAGGACAUGGCGCUCACCGAUCAGAAGCCGCUGCCGGAGCUGGCGCGCAUCCCGGGCCUGCGGCUGUCCGGCGAGGCGUUCGCCAACACCCUGAUGGUAUUCGAGUUCCUGCACAACUUUGGCGAGACGCUCGGCUUCGACAUGGAGUCGCUGCCGUCGCUGGGCGCGCUGCAGCAGGGCCUGCUGAACGAGCCGGACCACGAGGAGGAGCUGCUCUCGGUGCUGACGCACCUGGUGGUGUGCGCCGUGGAGGACCCGGGCAUCCCGCACCCGGUCCGGCACGUCACCUGCCUCAACCAGACGCUCCGGCAGGCGGACAUCACGCACACGGCCCUAUCAGAGGUGCUCCGUAUCUACAUGUUCGCCUGCGCGUCCGGCGAGGUGAAGACGCUGACGGGCCUGUGUCCGAACCAGCGCGACCCGCACUGCCGCGCCAAGAACGCCGACUUCCAGGACGCCAUGGACGCCAACCGCACGUACCAGAUGUCGCAGUGGCUGACGGAGAAGCCGUACCUGGCGCUCAACCCCACCGAGAAGACGGAGAUCCUGGCGCACCUCUGCAAUGACCUGCUGCAGAACAAGGCCGUCCUCCGACAGAUUGACAGCACCAUAGAGGUGGUGAACACCAAGCGGAAGGAGAAGUGGAACCUGGACGGCCGGCUGCGACGGAUGCGGAUGCUGCACGCCAAGAAGUUCGCGCAGCGCCACCUGGUGAGCCGGCCGCCGCCGCCCGAGGCCAGUGAGAACUGUGACACGGGCGACACGACGCGACUCAGCGAGCCGGCCUCCAAGAAGGAGGAGGGGGAGGAGCACAAGGAAGAGGACGAGGAGGAGGAGGAGAAGGACGAGAGCGGCAACGAGAGCGAGCCCGCCGACGAGGGAGACAUCAACGACGAGGUGGACAUCAACUCAAUGAGCGCCGAGGAGCUGCACAAGCGGAUCGAGCAGCUGAGCAACCACAACAACCAGCUGAGCCGCGACAUCUACGAGGGUAACCGGACGAUCCGUCCGACCAGCCUGGGCCAGGACCGGUUCCACCGCGCCUACUGGGUGCUGCCGCGCGCCGGCGGCAUCUACGUGGAGAGUCUGGAGAGCGGUGUGGGCGCCGACGAGCGGUACGACCAGCGGCGCGCCUCGCACCAGGAGUGGCUCCGGCGCCGCGAGGCCGAGAAGGCCGGCCAGGUGGGUGAGAAGCGGCCGGCCGACUCACCCGACUCCCGCAACAGCAAGCGGCCGCGCGUGGCGGAGACGGCGGUGGGCGAGGGGACGCCGGUGAAGGCGGAGGUGGCGGAGCAGCGGCUGCCGAACGGUGACGCCACCGCGCCGGCGGCGGCUGAGAACGGUCUGUCGGGCGGCGAGUCGCCGCGGGUGAACGGCGGCUCACCGCCGGCCGACGGAGCGCCCGUCAAGAUGGAGACGGACGUGAAGGCGGAGACGCCGGCCGACGCGCCGCUGAAGGUGGAGAAGCAGGAGCCGCCGUCGAUUAGCGCCGACACCCCGCUGAAGGCGGCCUCCCCGGCGCCGGUGAAGGUCGAGCCUGCAGCGGAGGAGGGCGCCGUGAAGUCAGAGCCCCUCUCCGCGGUCAAACCGGACCCGGCGGCACCGGCGGCGGGCGAACCCUCCGUCCAGGACAGUCUGAGCGCCAUCAAACAGCUGGCUGAGAACCCGGUGGCCGCCGCCGCGCCGGCCGCCCCCAAACCGUCCACGGCGCCCAGCCACGCCGCGCCGCUCAACAGCAAACACCUGGUGAGCUACCUGAACGCCUCGCUGGCCUCGCUGGGCGCGAGCGGCGCGCUGAAGGAGGUGAACGGCGCCAUCCAGAUCCCGGGCCUGGGCCUGGUGCCGUCCCAGUACCUGCUGCAGGCGCUGCAGGCGCCCGAGAAGCUGUGGUUCAGCGUGCUGCCCAAGGACCCGUGCGACUUCAGCACCAUAACAGAGCUGUCGGACGACGAGCAGGAGUCGGUGACGGAGCGGGGCGGCGCGCGCGCCGGCAGUGGCGACCAGCUCAACACCGAACAGGAGGACAACGGCGAGGACGAGGCGCAGGAGGUGCCGCAGGAGUACAAGCGUGGCUGGUGGCGCGUCUCAGACACCGCCCAGAUCGACCAGCUGGUCAACGCCAUGCACAACCGCGGCAUCCGCGAGCGGCCGCUCAAAAACAAAAUACUCACCUGCAAGGACACGGUGGUGGAAGCCUGCGAGCUGGUGAACCCUGCCGAGGUCACGCUGUCCUCGGGAGCCGCGGCGGCCGCCGAGGAGUCCGAGGACGAGUCAGAGGAGGACGGGGAACAGGAGCAGGAGACGGCGCCAGAGGACAACGGCCAGGCAGAGACAGAACAGAAGGACGGAGACGGAGACGGGGAGGAGAAGGAGGCGAAGAGCAACGGCGAGAAGAAGCAAGAGAAGCCCAAAGAGAAGGCGAAGUCGCCGAAGAAGAAGUCCAAGAAGCGCGUGCGUCCGGCGGAGCCGGUGCCGGAGCCGGACGCGCCGGGCUCGUACCGGCGGGACGUGGCCAUCACCAUCGAGAUGUCGCUGCUCGAACACGUAGAGAACCUCGAGGAGCGCAUCGCACAGGCCAGCAUGCAGUUCAAGUCGUGGCGCCUGCCGCCGCGUACCUCUGGCGACCGGGAGCUGUUCGCGCCGUCCUGCGAGCCGCAGGAGGGCCGCCUGAACGCCGUCACCCUGGCGCGCGACCGGCUCAUCGACCUCGAGCAGAACAUCGAGCGGCGCUACCUGAAGCCGCCGCUGGGCACCUCCAAGGGCGCCGACCUGAGCCUCUCCAACCUGGGCACCGAGGAGAACAACACCAUCCCGCGGCCGCUGCUGGUGUGGCGCGACGCGCUGCCGCGCACAUCCACCGCCGCCCAGGUCUCCAUGUGUCUGUACGCGCUGGAGAUGUCGGUCGCCUGGGACAAGUCCAUCAUGAAGGCGCAGAACUGUCAAUUCUGCACGAGCGGCGACCACGAGGAGAAGCUGCUGCUCUGCGACGGCUGUGACAAGGGCUACCACACGUACUGCUUCAAGCCGGCCAUGGACACCAUACCAGACGGAGACUGGUACUGUUUCGAGUGCGUCAACAAGGCGACUGGCGAACGGGCGUGCGUGGUCUGUGGCAAGGGCGAGGGCAAGGUGCUGCUGUGUGAGGGCUGCCCGCGCGCCUUCCACCCAGAGUGCGUCACUCCGCCCGUGGCCAAGGUCCCGCGCGGCAAGUGGCACUGCCCGGCCUGCGCGCACAAGAGCCCGAAGAAGUCGCGCUCGAAGAAGGCCAAGCCGCCGCCGGAGCCGUCCGAGGCUGGCGGCGACGGUCCGGCUGAGGAGCGCGAGUCGCCGCCAAAGAAGGAGCGGGGCAACAAAAAGUUGGCCAAGGAGAUGGCGAUGUGCCGGACGGUGCUCGCCGAGCUGGAGGCCCACGACGAGGCGUGGCCCUUCCUACUGCCAGUCAACACCAAACAGUUUCCCACCUACAAGAAAAUCAUCAAGAGCCCUAUGGAUCUCAGCACGAUAAAGAAACGAAUCAACGAAGGAGUGUACAAGAGCAAGGACGAGUUUACCGCCGAUAUGCGCAUCAUCUUCAACAACUGCGAGACGUUCAACGAGGACGACUCGCCGGUCGGAAAGGCCGGCCACAGCAUGCGCACGCUGUUCGAGGCGCGCUGGCUCGAGCUCAACCCCCAGUAGAGGCGGCGCCCCGGCCGGCCCCACCCCCCACCCCCGGGCCGGGCCCGGGCCGCCACCGAGCCCAUCUAGGUCUUUCGCAGUUUGAUCAUAGUCGUGUACAAAUCCAUGCUAGAUUAGGCAUAAUGAUGCCGGUUACCGCGGGGUCGGUACGCGCGCGAGAGAUCAGGUAUUUUGUAGUAGUCGUUUUUACUCGGAUUGGUGCGCGGCUGACGCGCCGCCGCGGCCGCCCGCCCGGCCAGGCCAGACGCCAAUGCAGCUACUCGACUUCACAAUUCAUCGGUUAUUUAUUUUUCGUAACAUUUCACUGCUCUCCUACAAAGAGUCCGUCAUGUGUGCGCGCGGCGCGACCCGCUCGGCGCGUCGGUGUACAUAGUUGUUUGUGUAACCAAUGUGCCUGGCUGUCCAGAACGUUUGUGGCUCGCGCAGAGCGCGCGCGCGCGCGUCGCAGGUCCCUAGCCGAGGAGGGGGCUGAUCGUGACGCUCCCGUAACUUGUUGUGUGAAUAUGACUGUGUCCAUGUGUAUCAUGUCGAUGGCACUCAAUUAUCCUGAAUAUAUUUCCCAGUUUCUU